AACACGGAGCGUUGAAACGUGAGGAGGGGAAAGAGUUUGGUUACGCCCCAAAAUGCGUAAAUGCGUAAAUGAGUGAAGAAGACUGCUCUCUUUUUCUACCAACGCGACCAAACAAAAUUUCCAGCAACUCAUGCCGCCGAUGAAAUAUGGCAGACAGAAGAAUACAGUCAAUUCGCCGUGUUGGGAGUCUCAUGCGAAGCAGAUCUGAGGGAACAUUGAUUGAUGUGGAUGACAAUGUUUUUGUCAACAACUCAAAUGGUGCGCCCCGCCAGAAUUUGGAGUGGCCCCUUUCACACACAGACAUCCCAAAGUCAACUGAGACAAAAAACCCUUUCUGGAACAAACUGUCUGGGUCAAAUCCUUUCCUAGAUGACAUUGUAUUUAGCAGUCCAGAUGAAGGUUUUUCCAAUCCAAUUAAUACAAAACAAGACUUAGAGCAACACCCCAACAAUGAGGAUGCUGCAAGUACAUCAUCAGACGAAGGGAACAUUGAAAAUCUGCUGGGGAACAGGAACAAAGUCAGCAACAGGUCUGGACGAUGGAGGAGUGCAUCUGACAUUUUGGAUGACUUGGAGAGGAAAGUGCCAAAACGCACAAAUAGCACCAACAAACCUCCCGGGACAGUCCUGAACCCAGAUUUUGAGUGGCUAAAAGAUGAUAGAGAGGCAUAUAAGAUGGCCUGGUUGAGUCACCGGCAGCUUACGCGUUCCUGUCUGGACCUGAACCUGAUGAGUCAAAGUCCAGGGUGGGCUCAAACACAGGCCACGGACUUCCAGGUCAUCAGUAAGAUUGGACACACAGGAGGCUCUGUUCAGCUGCCUGACUCGGAGAUAACAAUCCAUUUCCCAGAAGGCCAUGUGGCACCUGGGGAAGUCCAGGAAGUGACCCUGAAAGCAACACUAGACCCCCCUCCCGGACUCAAUAACAACUACAUGACUACCAUGAGCCCCCUGGUGGAAGUAGUCCUCAGUAAUAUUAACACAAAAAAGUGUAUAUCUCUGGACGUGAAGCUGUCUGGAGCGGUGCGUGCUGACAAUACAAGCAAGGUGAUGACGGCUGUUACCGGGCUGUUGUCUAACAAGAGAGAAGGCCCCUAUGUCAAAAUGGAUGACUGUUACAUUUACAAAAACAUGAUGCAAAUGAAGCUACAGGAGUUGAAGACACAUUUUUAUGUUAUUGCUGUGGCAGAGGCUUUUGCAAUUGAGCCCCCCGCCUCUUCAGUAUGGGAUUACCUUGACCGCCCAAUCACAGUGGCAGUUUAUGGUCCUCGCUACAUACAUCCAUCUUUCAAGGUUGUAAUAGUGGUGUGCUGUCAUGACGAUGUCCCUCCAAAGCUGCCAUUCUCAGAUGUCUGUCGAGGCAACAAAAGUCUGCCCCCUUUAGUGCUCCAGCUGUGGGGGAAGCAUCACUUAAAACCAACUAAACUGAAUGACAUGAAAAUUGCAAUUAGUGUGGUAGAAACACUGUUUAAAAUCCAACCUGAGGAUAAGCUUAAAGAAGUAAGACAAAGUCAGCUUAAAAUAGGCACAGUGUUACAUCUGCCUGUUGCUUUAUCUUGUGACAGGACUGCAGAAAUGGUACCUUUUACACUUGCUUUACACAUGACCGAAUCUAAUGCCAAAACUGUUGCACAAUUUCAAGUGACGUCCCCAACUGUGGCACCACUGCGAUCUGAAAAACGAGGCAGGCAAUUUGAAAAGCGACUGGAAAUGCCCAAAAGUCCAACAAUCCCUGAGGAGAGCGUGCCGGAUUUACCAAGUUUCCAAGACAACCCAGUAAAUCUGCAGUGGUAUGGAGUCGCUCUGAAGUCCGUUCUCCGGCAGCCACGAGUGGAUUACCUGUUGGAAUACUUUAAAGGGGACACAAUGGCUCUUUUAUCAAAGGAAACUGUCAAAUCAGUAGGAAAUUUCAAAGUAAAAGAGUGGUAUAUUGGGUUUCUCCGAGACAGGAUUGGUUUGGUUCACUGCAAAAACAUCAAGCUUAUAACUAGAGAUCAAGUAAUCGAUUUCACUGGAAUUCAGAUGACCACAGAAGUGCUAUUGGACAACAUGACGCUGCCCUUUAGAAAAUUCACAUACAUGUACUCUGCCAUUCAGACUAUGGUGACUGAACACAUAAGCAGCUGGAGGGACUUUGCCAGUGCUUUAGGCUAUCACAAUCUGACCCUGGACACCAUCACACGCAGGUACACGGAAACAGAGGCGGACAAAGUGGCCAGUGUGCUGGAGAGGCUGAAGGAGGACUGCCACACUGACAAGAGCAGGAGGAAGUUUUUGCAUGAACUCAUUAUUGGCCUGUUAAAAAUGGAUGCUGUGAACCUUGCAGCUCAGCUUAUCCAGAACACUGUGAUUCUGUCGACUGCUGUGGAGCUCGGGCCUCGUUGGAGAGAGCUGGCGGAGAAGAUGGAAAAACUCACCGGUGCUCAGAUAGCUGCGUAUGAAGCCCCCCACCGAGGCAAGAAUGGUGAUGUUUCCCCUCAGGCAAUGUGGAAACCUGCCUAUGACUUUCUCUAUUCCUGGAGCCAGAGGUACAGAAAUAGUUACAGAGACAUGAUUCAGGAUCUGCACUUGGUCCUGGACAAAAUGAAAAACCCCACAACCCGACAGUGGAGGCAGCUGACAGGAGCGCUCAUCACAGUAAACUGUCUCCAACUCUUCCGGAGCUCUGCAUUCCCCAAAUCAUAGAACAAAAGCCACAGCAGUGUUGCAAUAGGGGUCAGACCAGGGAGGUGUUUGACUGUAAUCUUAGCUGACUUAUCAACUCAUGUAUGUUGUGUUUGUACAGAUACUAUACUGUUACUUUAUAUCAUUAUUAUAUGUAUUUUAUUUUUUAAUAUAAUGUGAAAUUAUUUUUGAAAGAGUUAAAGAGAUCAAAAUGUGUGUUUUACCUUAUUCUCUGGUUAAAAUGCACCAUCACUGUGAAAUUUCCUGUUACUCAAACAAUCUAUAGACCUUGUGUGUGUAUCAUUAGUCCUGUCACUUUUGUAUCACUUUUUUUUUUUUUACUAAAAUAUAGAAUUGUUAUAUUUAUACAUUUAAAUUAUGUAAAGCCUGACCACGUGUGCCAAAUAACGUCUUAUAAUAAUGUGCCAGAUUUUAAAAGAUAACAGCAGAAUAAAAUUGCUUUAUGGUGGUGGUUAACUCCUAAA